GUUCUCAUGAAUGCACACCGACGCUAUGAUGUCAUUGUAAAUAUCUAUAUUUUUCAUUUAAGUCUUUGCAGAUAACUUUUUCACAGAUGCUUCUUUUAACCUUCAUACAAACACACAAUAUCAAUUGUAGCUUUGUCUUAAUAUUGCACAUUUGAAGCUCUCAUUCAAACACAAUAUUAGACAAUUGAUACUAUUAGUUGUACGAUGGUAGUUGUUUUAAAGUGAAGUGUGAGUACUUUUACUGCGUUCUCCCAUUAGGGGAUAAAAAGCACCUAUAGUCUACAAUAUGUUGAGGAAAUGGUUUAUUUUACAUUUCUUUUAAAUAAAUGUCUGUUCUAAAUGUUUGUAUACUUGCAUAAAUGUCCUUAAUAAUGAAAACAAGCUUUAAUUUCACUGUGGAUUUAAUAAGUUAAUUAUAUAAGAUUAAACAUUUUUACCAAAAUCUGAACAUCACAUCAUUCAUGAAGGGAUGUAGUGCAGGACUGUGUUUAGACUUCAUCAGUAUCCUAAAGUAGACAAACAAACAGCAGCAGUGAUGCUGUCAGCAGGGGGCGCUAGAGAGCUUCUGUCUUUAACAAGCUCUGCAGAACCAACGAUGAUGACGUCACCUGGUCCUCAUUAUUCCUCGUUGGUUUUUGAGGAUCUAUUAUAAAACAUUCUGGUUUAUUAUCACGUGACGACAUCCAACAGAGAGCUCUCUGAUGUACUGAUGUUUUCAUGUACUUGUACUUCACUUAUUUACAUGUUCUGCUAUAUUUCUUAAUUCAAAGAGACUCAAAAUAACAUCAACAUGUUUUAUUAGAAAUAACGUCACAGAUUUAGGUUUAGUAUUCUUCUACGCGGUGACGUCACGUUCCGUCGCUCUGCGUGGGAGGCGUCACCAGGGCAACGUGAUGCGUGACACACGCGCACACACACACACACACACACGGAGGGUCGAGUUGUCGGGUCUCCGGUGACUGUGAGACGACACACACACGUUCACAAACAAAACGUUUCUCCAGUGUUGAUAACGGAAGUUCACGCGGCGAUUUAACCGAUAACAGAAUUCACCUGCACUGUUUGAUGGAGCGUUACGAGUCUCUGGGUCUGGUCGGCGAGGGAAGCUACGGCACCGUGCUGAAGUGCCGUCACCGAGAAUCCGGCCGCCUCGUCGCCAUCAAGAAGUUCGUGGACUCAGACGACGAUAAGACGGUGAAGAAGAUCGCCCUGAGGGAGAUCAAGCUGCUGAGGCAACUGCGUCACGACAACCUGGUGAACCUUCUGGAAGUGUGGAAGCGCCGCCGCCGCUGGUACCUUGUGUUCGAGUUCGUGGAGCGAACCCUUCUGGAUGAUCUGGAGCAGAACCCGAGCGGACUGGACCUGAACACCAGCCGGCGGUACCUCUACCAGAUCCUGAGGGCCGCGGCCUUCUGCCACCAGCAGAACAUCAUCCACCGUGACAUCAAACCGGAGAACAUACUCAUCUCUCAGGGGGGCGUGGUUAAGAUAUGCGACUUUGGCUUUGCCCGGACCAUGGCAGCGCCAGCUGAGGGGGUCGUCUAUACGGACUAUGUGGCCACUCGCUGGUACAGAGCACCUGAACUCCUGGUGGGAGACACCAAGUAUGGCAAACCGGUAGACGUGUGGGCUGUUGGUUGUCUAUUAUUAGAGAUGUUAACGGGUCAGCCCCUGUUUCCCGGAGACUCCGACCUCGACCAAAUUUACCACAUCGUCCGGUGCUUCGGUAACCUGACAGCUCAUCACCAGGAGUUGUUCUGCAGGAAUCCUGUCUUUUCCGGAGUCACACUGCCUGAAUAUUCUGCCAGAGUCCGACUGGAGCAGCGCUUCCCUACAAUCGCACCCGCCGCCCAGGACCUGGCUCUGAGUUGUCUCCAGAUGGAUCCAGAAAGACGAGCUCAGUGUUCAGAACUGCAAGAACAUCCUCUGUUCACACAAGACUCUUUCCACAUCAGAUUUUUGGAUGAGCUGAAUGCCAAGAUCCAAAAAGACCACAGAGAAAACUCUACCUUCCCCAAAAUAUCUAAAACUCCAAGACGAGAAAGGAACGAAGGGGAUGACAAGAACCGACAAAGCAAAGAAAAGAAGCAACCUGAAGGUGUACAUGAAAAAGUCAACAAGGAAACAAAAGGAAAGCAACCUUUGAAGCUUUCUAAAACUAUUCGGAACACCUCGGAACCUUCGAUGUCCACCAAACAAGCCAAAACAUCAGGCGCAAAAAUGAUCAAUAUUGCAGCAAAGACGACUGUGGUCAUGAGAGGUAAAGCAGGAAAAGCCACAAUAAAAACCCUUAAUUCUGAUUCAUUGGAGGUUGCCAAGACUGCAACAGAUCUGAAAGACAGUGACACUGUGGCAGCUGAACCUAAACAUGUGAAAGUUGCUUCUCCAGAGCCAAGGCAAGACCAUGUGAAAACUAUGGAUACAAAAGACAGAGAUUCUAGUAGCUUGCAUUUUAGUUACUCAGACUACAUUGUGUCAAGUGUGACUGAGAGAAAUGUGAUGGGGAUCAGGACAUCAUCAAAAUCUGAGCCAAGUCAAGACUUUGGGAAGAGCCAGAACAACUCAACCUCAAAAGUGCCCAAAUUGUCGAAAAGCUCAAUCACUGACCAUGCAAAUGGGAGUUUAUCUCCAAAAGCUUCCAUGACAUCAACCACUGAACAGAAAAUGACUAAAUUUUCCACUUCAGAAUACCUUGAAGGUGCCUCAGCUGUAACUUCUAAAAUAGCAAACAGUGAUCAAGUAGAGACAAGCUUGACAUUUAAAGCGUCUCAACCGUCGAGCAAUGACCACAUUGAGGUGGCUACCCCAACUAUCCCUUCAGUCACCAAGCCAUGCAAGAUAACUAUAACUUCGGAGCAUCAUUCUAACAUGGAGACAAAACAAAGAGGGCCACCUGAAUGUCCAAAGGUCUUUCCCUCAAACCCCAGACCACCCAAGACUAACUCAAACUUUGGCCCAAAAAUUACCCAAAACAACACAUCCUUUUCCAACAGCCCUUCAAAGACUCUAACCUCAGAUGUUUCAAGGCAGUCCUCCACAGUUGUUAUAGAGGCCAGUCCUGUCCACAGCACUACAACACUACCUAAAGGAACCUCAAAUACAAUGUUGUCCAAAACUAGCUCAUCUUCAAACAUUAAACCCACAAAUGACACCGCAUGUGUACCCAACAAACCUUCGAGAGGCCUUCCAGACAGGGAACUUACAGAAGUGUCUAUCGCAACCAAAACGCAGCAGGAUAGUUGUAAUACUUCAAACAAGGACCUUAAGGAAGAUCACGGAUGCUUGAAGAUGAGCCCGGCGACCAAAACAGCUGCAAAUCAAACUGAGAUAUCUGAUGCUUCAGGUGGACAUUACAAAGGGAGUCCUGAGUUCUUGGAGCCGUCCAGUGUCCAUCAGAAUUUCACCUCAGAAUUCAGAACAACCUCAACCUCCAUGCUGAAUGAAAUCCCUAAAACCAACGCGUCAGGAGGGACCGCUAUUCUGAAAACAUUGAAAGUCUCAGACAAAGAGAACAGGGAGGACUUAGCGCUUCCUGGUUCCAUCAGUGCGACAACCAAGUCUUUAAUAAAUCAAACCUCAAAGGUUUCUAGAAGCUCAAAUAUUGAGCAAAAGAGAAACGGUAAUAAAGCUCAACCUGACGUAAAACCCGUGAAACCCCCUCACUUCAAAUCUUUGAUCGGAGACCCUAAAAAGCCAACAAAGUCCAACGCAACAAUGACCCUAAAGAAAACUACAUUUCCUACAGAGGCAAGAAAGAAAAGCGACAACCCAGGAAGUGACGACACAACAAAUAUAUCCACAAUCGCGGAUUCGACUUCAUUCACCUCUACAGCAACUCCAGACCCCAAAGCUUCGACAAGAAGCUCAGUCUUUCACAACAGGGACACGGCAGACGAUGAUGAGUUUGACUUCAGUGUACAUCCUUCCUCUCCACCACCUCCACCUCUUCCUCCAUCCUCCACACCCCUUGUUCCUUCCUUCUGUGUCGUCAGCCCGGCUGCCAGCGAUCACCUUUCCCUGGGGGCAGGUUUCCACUCGGGGACCCACAGCUUUAGGUGUGUUGACCAUCCGAGGCAUCACGGUGGUGUUUAUGGUCGACUGUCAAGCCACGUUACGGGAUCUCUAUCUGCACAGGUGUCAGAGAAGAAUCUGACCAGCGAGCGCUCCUUCCUGUCCGAUCGAUGUAACCUCGGCAACAGUGGAGGCAUUUCAGCGACCAAAAAGAAGUCAGGCAUCCAUUUCCCAGAUCUGAGGAGCUCAGUGCUGCCGGAGGUCAAAGGAAGAGAAGGCAAACACAACAAAGGCACUUCCAAGGAUCAGAGGAAAGACAAACAACCAGUUCCUCCAUCAGAACCAGAGCAGCACGGACACAACAGUACUGACACACAAACACCUUAACAAAGGCCCCAUUCAGACGUGCACCCCUUUAUUUUAAUGCAAUGAAACCUUAACAUUUCUAUGAGUAGCUACCCUGGUCCAUUUUAGGUAAAGCUCACAACUUUCUGCAAUCUUACAGGUCCUGUUCAUUUGUCAAACAUUAAGAAAAUAAUGGUGUAAAGACAAGAAUAAAAUACAUUUUAUUAUUUACAGU